UGACAACAACUUGAUUUGUUGAAUGAAAAACAAUGAACUCAAGGAAGAAUAUCUAAAACAAAUAUACUAAACAUUUAUUAUACCAAAUUAUGGAGAAAAUAUCGGGAUUUAAAAUGAGUGACUGUUAAAGGAGUAAGCGAAGCUAAAAUUGUUCUUUCUGAAAUUACAAGACAUAGUUUUGAUAAUCAGAGACAAUGCCUAAAUUAGUAUCACCGAACAUUUUAGAAAAGCGUGUCCGACUGGGUACAAUUGAGAUACCGACGAAAUCCGACGGGUCGCCAAAAUAUACAUUUGAUCACUUAAAAUACCCGAAAGACUCUGUUUGGAAUUUACCCGACCCUAAAGAAUCAUUAUGGAUUACAGUUCCUAUAGAAGAUGAAUUGUUCAAAAUUGCUCAUUAUAUGGAUAGGAAUAAAAGUUAUAGGACAACAUACGGUAAGAUGAAUGAAUGGAUGAAAAUGCCCGGGGGUAGAGACAGUCGGACAGGUGUGCCCGUUACACGUUCAGAUGGUAACUGGAAACAAACAACACAGGAAACAAAAACCACACAGAAAGACGACUUCAAUGUGAGAUUCCGCGAAUCGUACGCCGAUCUCACCAACCAAAUAGCUUACAGAUUUCCUAACCCUGGACUUCCUAGGUUACGUCAGGGGAGCAUUGGGGGAAGUUGGAGACAUAUAAAAGAAGUUCUAGGUCACGGCGGAAGCCGCGUGUGUUAUGUUGAUGGUCUAGUAUCAGUUUAUGACGAGGAACAGUUUAAUCAGAAUCUACAUGCCCAGUCCCCAUACAGACCCCAUCUCCGCCGGCAACUGUAUUCGGCUAACAGAGGGUUCGACUUUGAGGCAGCCAGACAGGGACGUGAAGGAGUACAUUUACCCGCAGUGGAAGAAUUACCCAUGAUGAGUUCCAACGAGAAAGCAAGAAAACUAGCGAUACAGAGCCCAAAUAAGUACAAGGGAGUUUAUGCCUAUAAUAAAGUACCUAAUUUCAACUAGACUUAAUCAUUGUUACAAUCAUGACAAUAAAGUUAUACAUCUGGAAUAAAAAAUGCAUGAAGACAUCCAUUUUGUGAUUUUCUCAUCAAAGGGAAGUAACUACUAUAUAAAAUAAACAGAUCCAGCAUAGAAUCAAACUUAGACUAGCUCCUAGACUUUGAUACAUCUUUUUUUUUAUGAUUAAAUGUAGUGAACUGAGCCAGUCUAUAUUCUAUGUCCAAUAUAAUUUCAACAUCAUUCCUCUGUGAAAAUCUCUAAAAUAGACUGGCUUUUGUCUCUAUGAAAUUAAAUUCAUCAAAAAAGGAAAAAUGUAGAAAUAUAUUACUAUCAGUCUAGUGGCUAGUCUAAAUCAAACUAUAUGUUUAUAUUUUACCAUUUAUUGCUCAAAGUAUUCGCUGCAACAAACGGGAUACAAUUUUUUAGUGUCUCCACGAGUCAGUAUUAUGUUGUAAUGUACAUAUAUAUAUUUUAAACAGUUGAAUAAACUCUUGGUUACACAUAA